AAUGCUCCGCCCAAUAGUACAGUGGAGGAAGUGACGUUGGCGGAAAUACAAGGGACGGUCCGGGAAGUUCGGCCAACACCGAGGCGAAGCAGUCUUCUCGAGCUGGUGAGAGAAGUAGGAGGCAAAGAUGUCGGAACGAAAAGUCUUAAACAAAUACUACCCACCUGACUUUGACCCAUCGAAGAUCCCCAAGCUCAAGCUCCCCAAAGAUCGGCAGUAUGUGGUACGGUUGAUGGCUCCCUUCAACAUGAGGUGUAAGACGUGCGGAGAGUACAUCUACAAGGGCAAGAAGUUCAACGCGCGCAAGGAGACGGUGCAGAACGAGGCCUACCUGGGCCUGCCCAUCUUCCGCUUCUACAUCAAGUGCACACGAUGCCUAGCCGAGAUCACCUUCAAGACAGACCCCGAGAACACAGACUACACCAUGGAGCACGGAGCGACUCGGAACUUCCAGGCGGAGAAGCUCCUGGAGGAGGAGGAGAAGAGAGUGCAGAAGGAGCGGGAGGACGAGGAGCUCAACAACCCCAUGAAGGUGCUGGAGAACCGAACCAAGGACUCCAAGCUGGAGAUGGAGGUUCUGGAGAACCUGCAGGAGCUCAAGGAUCUGAACCAGCGGCAGGCCCACGUGGACUUCGAGGCCAUGCUGCGGCAGCACCGGCUGUCCGAGGAGGAGCGGCAGAAGCAGGAGCAGGAAGAGGAUGAGCGGGAGACUGCGGCCUUGGUGGAAGAAGCCCGCAAACGCAGGCUGCUGGAGGACUCGGAUUCGGAAGAGGACGCGCCUGCUUCCGCCCCGCCGCGGCUGGCCCUCCGGCCCAAGCCCACCGCCAUCCUGGAUGAGGCACCAAAAGCCAAGAAGAAGGCGGAGAGCUGGGAACGGAGCGUCGGCACCCUUGGCAGCAGGCCGCAGCUGUCAGGCCUCGUUGUGGUGAAGAAAGCAGACCUGGGUCGCAGCACCCAGCAGGGCCAGGUGUCCCCCACCCCCCAGGGCCCAGCGAGGAGCGGGAAGGCAGCUGACUCUGCAGCCUGGACGCCUGGUGCCUCCUCCCUGAGCCAGCUGGGAGCCUAUUCCGACAGCGAGGACAGCAGUGGCAGCAACUGAGACCCCAACCCAGGCACGUCCCCAGGUCAAGGUCCCAUCCAGCUUCAGCUGGUGGUCAGAGCAGGAGGUCUCGGCUGACACCUGAGCCAUGCAUGGUGGACAGACCCAAAAGUCCUCUGAGGCUGGCCAGACCAGCGAGGGCUUCGGCCGAGGGACUGUUUCUCCCUGUCCCCCCACCACUGACCCCUAGGACCUUGGGGUCCCCAGCGCACACUGCCGUCCUCCUGGCCCUCCGUUUGGGGCUGUGGCAUCCCUGGAAUGGCCCUCAGCUCCCGGCAGGCCCCUGCUGUACUCUCUUGGGUGGCCGUGUUGAGGGCAGGCAGGGAGCCCAGCCACCCCCAUUAGCUCGUCCCCUGCGGCCACGACAGAAGGAACUCGCUGUCCAGCCGGGGCACCUUCUCUGCCAGCUGCUGAGGAGAGGCCACAGAGGCGCACGAUGCGGCCUCCUCGCUCCUGGAAGCCACAAGAUUGGGAAGGUGCUGAUUAGUGCAAGUUUGGGGAGAAUUUGUUAUGUGGCCAUAGUGCUCCAGGAUGGUCACAUGACCAGUGAAUCGAGUCCGACGCUCAGGGUCUUUCAAGGUUGCCACGUUUCAGCUCUGGUACAACUCUCUCCCCCUUCACAGCUUCCUAGUUGAAGGCGGUGUGCUCCCGCCAGGCCCCCUCGCCACCUGACCCCCGGCUCUGCUCUCCCGCCCCUCCCGGGCUCACUGGCCUCGCCCUCCUCUCUCUCUCUCUCUCUCUCUCUCUCUCUCUCUCUCUCUCUUUCUCUUUCACAUGCACGCAGCACGCACCUAUGCACACAUGCGCACACGCACUCAUUUGGCUUUUGGUACCAAGGCUUUGUGUGUCUCCCGCCGUGUGUGAGCAACAAAGCCCCCCACUUUCAGGAUCCACUUUCCUACAGUGAUUUCGUGCUUCAGUGUGACUUGAAGAAGCGAACCAGGAUCCAGCCAGGCCCCAGGUCCUCCCCUCACAGCUCCCGGCUGUGAAGACAGGCCGUGGGGGCCCCAGUUUCAAGCGCCAAUGGUGCUGGGCUGAAGCCAGCUCCCUGGCCGCUGGCCAGAGCUGAUGCACGGGGCACCCCACUCCCCAGUCCUGCCCUCAGCCGCAUCCUGUUCACAGCUUCCAGUUGGCCGCGGCAGGAGGAUUUACAUCACAGGAGUCCAUGCACUUACAGAUGGGUGCCCCGCGCCAGAGAGCCAGCUGUGGGCAUUCCCAGCGUGCCCCUGCCUGCCUCCCCAAGGUCAGUGUCAGUGUCGCACGGUGCCCCGGACGUGUGUGUUCAUCCUGGCGGCUGGACUAGAGCAACCGACCGAAGCACUUGUGCAAGAGAUUAGUAGGAGACUCAGGGCCUCCCUGGUUCACGCAUUCUUGCAGACCCUUCCCUGAGCUCCUGUCCUGUGUGGCCCACCCUCGUCGCUGUGUGCAGGUGCCAUCUGUUACUAUUAUUAAGAUCAUCGACUCUAACACAUGGAGUAGCGAACCUGGCCCACAGCCUAUUUUUGUGAAUAAAGUUUUAUUGGCACAGCCA